AUGGAGGUAACGCAGCGGUGGUUAACCCUCCAUGAGACUCUGCGGACGCUUGCUGCUCAGACAUCCUUUAAAGAUGAUUUUUAUUCUUAUCUAGAUGGCACUGGUUGGCAGACUCGAAUGCUACGUCAACUAGAGCCACUUCACUGGGUAGCGUAUCAUCUUGAUCCAGCAAGAGUUCCUGGCAAACUUGAUGAGAGCGCACGACGCCAUAUUGAAGGUGCUUUACGACCACUUCAAAGCGAAGAUGGAAGAUCUACUGCAUGGCAUGAAUUUCUGGCAUUCCGGCAAAGAACAGGUGCUUUUAUAAUUCCUCUUGUUGGGAAGCAAGAACACCAGCUCUCUUUUGGCUUGAGGCAGCAGAAUUUGCUCCUACUCUUGCUCUUUUUUGCUCGCCGUCUGUGUAAUACUGUUGCUAAUUCUGCUGCAGCUGAGAGAGCAUUUUCACAGAUGAAUCUGCAGCAUACAAAGAUCCGGAAUCGGCUUGAAUCUCACCGAGUUGAGAAGCUACUUUAUAUACAGAUUAACAAACGACAAUUUCGUGCAGACUCGCCACCUACCGUUACCCAAGAGAUGCUUCUUGAGGAGGAAGAUCAGGAGAUAGAAAGAAUACUGCAGCGUAAGCAGGUGCAGGACUAUCUAUUAGAGGUGCUUGAUACUUCAGACUCUGAGGAGGAUAUUCCACCGGACCCUGUGCCGAACCCAGUACCAAAUCCAGCACCAGAACCAGCGUCGAAUCCAGCACUUAUUGCAGUAUUAAGUUCUGCAUUAAAUUCAGCUUCAACUGCAACAAACCCGGCACUUGUUUCUGCAUUAAAUUCAAGACUGAAUUCCAUACUGAGACAAAAUCUGUACCAAAUCCCCUUUUAA